AUGGUGCCACUGGAAGAUCUGCUUAAUAAAGAAAAUGGCACUGCCGCACCUCAGGACAGCCGGGAAAGUAUAGUCAAUGAUAGAACAAGCGCUUCUAACGUCACGGAGAAGGACGGGCUACCCAGUCCAAACCUAUCUAAAAGGUCAUCUGAUUGUUCGAAAACGCCUAGAAUUACAUGUACCACGGAAGCUAUUGGCUUGAAAGGGCAAGAAGAUGAACGGAUGUCACCGGGCAGCACUUCUUCAUCAUGCUUGCCAUAUCGUGUGCCUUCACACUUGAACACUCCACCAUAUGAUCUAUUGGGUGCUUCAGCAGUUUCACCUACCACACCAUCUUCCUCUGACUCGUCCUCUUCCUCGCCAUUGACGCAAGCGCAUAACCCGGCGGAAGAUGAAGACGAUGUUGAUAACGACUGUGAUUCUGAAGAUAUAACACUAUAUUGCAAAUGGGAAAACUGUGGUAUGAUUUUCAAUCAACCAGAGCUGCUGUAUAAUCAUUUAUGUCAUGAUCACGUUGGCAGAAAGUCACAUAAGAACCUGCAGCUGAAUUGCCAUUGGGGGGAUUGUACCACGAAAACGGAGAAAAGGGACCAUAUCACUUCACAUUUGAGAGUUCACGUACCAUUGAAGCCGUUCGGUUGCUCCACUUGCUCUAAAAAAUUCAAACGUCCGCAAGAUUUGAAAAAGCAUUUGAAAAUUCAUUUGGAGUCUGGUGGUAUUUUGAAAAGGAAGAGAGGUCCGAAACUAGGAUCGAAAAGAACCUCUAAGAAAAACAAGAGAAGCGCAAAUGACACAGCGCCGUCUUGUCCCGCACCCCUUCCUUCCGGUAUAGUCGGUAGCUUCAAGUCACAUUCUACUUCUCCACAAAUACUACCCCCAUUACCCGUGGGUAUCACUCAACGUCUGCCUUCACAACAACAGCAGCAGCAGCAGCAGCAGCAGCGGGCAAUUUCCUUAAACCAGUUGUGCUCAGAUGAGCUCUCUCAGUAUAAGCCAGUAUAUUCUCCACAAUUGAGUGCCAGAUUGCAGACGAUCUUGCCACCAUUAUACUAUAAUAAUGGCAGCACGGUAAACCAAGGUGUUAACGGCCAAGGGAUGCAUGUAUACGAGGGCGGGUGUUCUAAUAAGAGCAUAGCCAGUGCUACCCAGUUUUUCACUAAGCUAUCAAGAAAUAUGACAAAUAACUAUAUUCUACAACAAAGCGGUAGCAGUGCUGUGUCCUCGUCACCAUCUGGGCACAUCCCCGUGGCAAAAACGAGUUAUGUACAGCCACCUAAUGCUUCACCAUAUCAACCUGUACAAGGAGCUGGCUCUAUCCCAGCCACUACCAACACAGCAACUUAUGUGCCAAUACGGUUAGCAAAGUAUCCAACUUGUCCUUCGGUUGCUGAACAUCUGCCACCUUUACAUUCGAACACUGCGGGUAGUGUUUUGAACCGCCAAUCACAGUGUGCAAUGCCACACUACCCACCUGUCCGUGCUGCGCCCAACUAUUCUUCUGGUGGCUGUUCUAUAUUACCACCCCUACAAUCAAAGAUACCAAUGUUACCAUCGCGCCGUACAAUGGCGGGAGAAACUUCACUGAAGCCAAAUUGGGAAUUUAGCUUGAAUCAAAAAAGUUGUACUAAUGAUAUUAUCAUGAAUAAGCUGGCGAUUGAAGAAGCAGAGGACGAAAUUGAUCUAGAGGACGAUUUCGUAGAGGUGUUGGGUAUAGUGAACAUCAUUAAAGACUACUUGUUGUGCUGUGUCAUGGAAGAUUUUGAAGACGAGGGAAGCGAGGACAAAGAUGAAGAAGACAGAUUCUUGCAAGAAUCGUUAGAAAAAUUGAGUCUACAGAACCAAAUGGGAACUAACUCGGUACGCAUCUUGGCCAAAUACCCCAAAAUUUUAGUAUGA